AUGAACCCCAGCGCCCACAGCUACCCCAUGGCCUCGCUCUACGUGGGGGACCUACACCCCGACGUGACCGAGGCGAUGCUCCACGAGAAGUUCAGCCAGGCCGGGCCCAUCGUCUCCAUCCGGGUCUGCAGGGACGUGAUCACCCGGCGCUCCCUGGGAUACGCGUACGUGAACUUCCAGCGGCCAGCGGACGCCGAGCGUGUUUUGCGCACCAUGAACUUUGAUGUCAUAAAGGGCAAGCCAGUUCGCAUCAUGUGGUCUCAGCGCGAUCCGUCACUUCACAAAAGUGGAGUGGUUUGUGAUGAAAAUGGUUCCAAAGGCUACGGAUUUGUACAUUUUGAGACACAGGAGGUAGCUGAAAGAGCUAUUGAAAAAAUGAAUGGGAUGCUUCUAAAUGAUCGCAAAGUAUUUGUUGGGCGAUUUAACUCUCCUAAAGGACGAGAAGCUGAACUUGGAGCGAGGGUAAAAGAGUUCACCAAUGUUUACAUCAAGAAUUUUGGAUCAGACGUGGAUGAUGAGGGCCUUAAGGAUCUCUUUGGCAAGUUUGGACCUGCCGUAAGUGUGAAAGUAAUGACUGAUGAAAGUGGAAAAUCCAAAGGAUUUGGAUUUGUAAGCUUUGAAAGGCAUGAAGAUGCACAGAAAGCGAUGGAUGAGAUGAAUGGAAAGGAGCUCAGUGGAAAACAAAUUUACGUUGGUCCAGCUCAGAAAAAAGUGGAACGGCAGACGGAACUUAAGCGCAAAUUUGAACAGAUGAAGCAAGAUAGGAUCACCAGAUACCAGGGUGUUAAUCUUUAUGUGAAAAAUCUUGAUGAUGAUAUUGAUGAUGAACGUCUCCGGAAAGAGUUCUCUCCACUUGGUACAAUCACUAGUGCAAAGGUUAUGAUGGAGGGUGGUCGCAGCAAAGGGUUUGGUUUUGUGUGUUUCUCCUCCCCAGAAGAAGCCACUAAAGCAGUUACAGAAAUGAAUGGUAGAAUUGUGGCCACCAAGCCGUUGUAUGUAGCUUUAGCUCAGCGCAAAGAAGAGCGCCAGGCUCACCUCACUAACCAGUAUAUGCAGAGAAUGGCAACUGUACGAGCUAUGCCCAACCCUCUGAUCAACUGCUGCCAGCCAGCGCUGCCUUCAGGUUACUUCAUGGCAGCUAUCCCACAGACUCAGAACCGUGCUGCCUACUAUCCUCCUAGCCAAACCGCUCGACUAAGACCAAGUCCUCACUCGACUGCUCAGGGUGCCAGACCUCAUCCAUUCCAAAAUAUGCCUGGUGCUAUCCGCGCAGCCUCUCCUAGACCACAGGUUAGUACUGUGAGACCAGCUUCUUCACAGGUUCCACGAGUCGUGUCAACACAGCAUGUUGCUAACACAUCAAAACAGACAAUGGGUCCACGUCCUGCAGCUGUUGCUGCUGCAGCUACUCCUGCUGUCCACACCGUUCCACAGUACAAACAGGCCUCAGGAGUUUGCAAUCCACAACAACACCUUAAUGCACAGCCACAAGUUACCAUGCAACAGCCUGCUGUUCAUGUACAAGGUCAGGAACCUUUGACUGCUUCCAUGUGGUCCUCUGCCCCUCCUCAAGAGCAAAAGCAAAUGUUGGGUGAACGGCUCUUUCCUCUUAUUCAAGCCAUGCACCCUACUCAUGCUGGUAAAAUCACUGGCGUGUUGUUGCAGAUUGAUAAUUCAGAACUUGUUCAUGUGCUUGAGUCUCCAGAAUCUCUGCGUUCUAAGGUUGAUGAAGCUGUAGCUGUACUACAAGCUAAAGAGGCUGCCCAGAAAGCAAUUAACAGUGCCACUGGUGUUCCAACUGUUUACAAUUGA